AUGUAUGUUAAUGAUUUGAUCAUCACUGGGUCAAGCCAUGGUGACAUCGACAAGUUCAAAUGUGAGAUGACAUCGAUGUUCCACAUGAGUGACCUUGGUCUGCUCACCUACUACCUUGGCAUUGAGGUGAGUCAGAGUGAAGGUGGCAUAACGCUUUGCCAGAGCGCCUAUGCUAGCAAACUUCUGGAGAGGAGCGGAAUGGAACGGUGCAACCCCUGUGUCACACCGAUGGAGGAGCGGUUGAAACUCUCCAAGGCGAGCAAGGCACCACUUGUUGACGUGACGCACUACCGAAGCAUCAUUGGUGGUCUGCGCUAUCUGGUGCACAUAUAG